GUAUAUAAGCUGGCUGUGAAAUCAACUCAGGCACUGUCCGGCAUUGACUGGCCGUCCUCUCGACUCUGUUCUGUCUUCUUCAUUGUCUCCACAAUCCACAGGCCUCCACACAGCUGCCUGGUCAACUCUGGAGAGCCUUUCUGAAGUCUUGUCAUCUCCCUGUGGCUCUAAGCACCAGACUUGUGUCCCAAACCCUCAGGAGCCAUGCUGUUGUUGCUGACCUUGGCUGUCCUUGCUGGUGCCACCUGCAGAGCCCAGAAUAUACUGGGCAAUACAAUCGGCAGCUAUUUCUACAUUCAUGGUGAAGAGCAGGGGGAAAUCAAGGCCAUCCGGAUCUUCUAUACACUGGCCAGACGCCUCAAGGGCAUCCAGCUGAAUUUUCAAAAUAACUGGAGUGAUAUUGAAGGAGUCCGUUCUCGCCGUUAUGAAGAGUUUCUUCUGAAUGAUGACGAGCAUGUAAUAAAGGUUCUUGGCACUGUGGGAUCGUGCCUGAACUCCCUGACCUUCAUUACCAACAAGGGGACUGAGUUUUCAUUUGGUAGAAAAAAGGGACGUACAUUUGAAGAGAGUAGAGGUCCAGACCAAUAUCUACAGACUGUCAAUGGCGUGCAAUCACCCUUCUGCCUCCAAGGGUUAGGCUUCAAAUGGAAUCAUGGACCAGAGAACCCUCAAAAAGAACCAACGACCAUCCCUGGCCCUGACAAAGAGAAGACAGCAAAGAUAAAGACAAAGACAAAGAAAGAUAAACACAAAGAUGAAGAUGAACACAAAGACAAAAACAAAAGAUGAUGACCAUGAUGAGCAGAAGGAAGAUAAGAAAGAGUAGUAGUGAGCUCAGAUCUCAGUCCUGCAUCCCCAUAUUGUAUGACCUCCUCUCAGUCAAGCUCACCCACCUGGAGGGACCAGUGUACCAGGUGACUUGGGCUUGAGGUGGCAAAGCCUCAAAGACCCUGUAUCUCUGUCCAAUAAACUCCGUGCAUCCAUA